AUGUCCGCCAAAUUCCAAGAUGAGGCCGUCACCUCCCUCCGGAAAGACACAAAAGAAUUGGUGCACAAAGUCGGCGAGCGACUGACUGGCGGGGGUUAUCUCAACCAAAACCCCCUGCGCACCAAGAUGUUGACGUCGGGAGUGCUGUCCGGUCUGCAGGAGAUCCUGGCGUCCUGGAUCGCGCACGAUGUCAGCAAGAACGGCCACUACCUCAGCCCGCGGGUGCCCAAGAUGGUCCUGUACGGCAUGUUCAUCAGCGCCCCGCUGGGCCACUUCCUGAUCGGGAUCCUCCAAAAGGUGUUCGCUGGACGGACUAGCCUGAAGGCCAAGGUGCUGCAGAUCUUGGCCAGCAACCUGCUCGUCUCCCCCAUCCAGAACGCCGUGUACCUGACCAGCAUGGCGGUCAUUGCCGGUGCGCGCACCAUCCACCAGGUCCGCGCCACCGUCCGGGCGGGCUUCAUGCCCGUCAUGAAGGUCAGCUGGGUGACCUCGCCCAUCGCGCUGGCCUUUGCGCAGAAGUUCCUGCCGGAGCACACCUGGGUGCCGUUCUUCAACAUUGUCGGGUUCGUCAUCGGAACCUACGUCAACACCCACACGAAGAAGAAGCGCCUCGAAGCGCUCCGGAAGCGUUACGACCAGCGUCGUGGUCCCGGCAGCGAGUACGACAAGGGCGACUACCGGUAA